AUGGGAACCGCCGGAACCUCAUCCAACGGGACGAGCCUUGUCGUGCCCGAGAUCAGGGACGAUGAGAGCUUUGGAGAGCUCGCCCGGAAGCUGUCACUCUGCAUCAUUGAUGCCGUCCAAUCACCCCUGAGCUGGGACGACUUGCGCAGUAGCAAGCACAUCAAGACUAUUCAGCCGUUUAUUGACCAUCUCUCAACCUCGGUACAUCACCCGGCGUUGGUCGCUGCUCUGCUUGCACUCAAGGGCCAUUUCGUGGCCAUUGAAUCAGAUGAUGAUUGUGGUAUCAAUUCUUCGCGUGGCCUCGCCUGCGAACUUAUUGCAUGGCAGUUUGUUCUGACAUUGUCCGAGCGAGACACUUUGGACUACUUGCUAUUCGAACUUCGCAGCGAUGGUUCCUUUGCACCUCACGAUGAAGACGAAGAGGCUGCCUACGCCGCAGCACAUCACAUUGAGAAUGGCUCUGUCCGUUCGACCACAAGGGGCCUCCCAGCUCUGCCACACGAGCGUACCGCUCUGCUUCCGGGGCGAACUACUGGCAACAGCAGCGCCGCCCAGUCUCGUGCCUCGAGCGCAACCUAUACGAGCCAACGCCAAGAGUGCAGCGAUAAUGAGCCUUCAGCAUUUUCGAGACCUUUCGUGGACCUCAACACCCUGGAGAUUGCCGCAGUGUCGAAUGCCAAAAAGUUCUUGUCACAGCGUAUAGUCCAGGACCUGAUUGAUGCCAUCUGGCGCGGUGAUGUUGUAUUCUGGGACGCCUUGACAGCUCGAUCGAUCAAGAAGCCACGCAUCUAUCGGCGCAGCGAGGCCCAGGGCAGAACCCUCAUACGCCAUCUCAUAAAGGGACCAGAGGGUACCGAUCCCUGGACGCGUCUCCGCGUGCCGAGGUACAUGAAGGCAUUUGAAAUGAUGUUCUUUCUCAUGCUUCUCGGUCUCUUUCUUAUUGUCAGCUUGGAGCGAGUUCAGGGUUACGUCACCCCCUGGGAGAUUGUGUUCUAUGCCUUCAUGGCAGGCUUUACUCUUCAAGAAUGGAACCAAUUCGUCGAAAAUGGUGCCCAUUUCUUCAGCACGGAUAUCUGGAACUUGUGGGAUAUAGGCAUCAUUUGCAUUGGAAUGACAUUUUUCGUGCUACGCAUGAUUGGCACAGUGAUUGGCCAUUCCCCUGUCAGGGAUGAUAUCGCAUUCGCGGUAUUGGCCCUGCUCAGCUUGUUCUUGACUCCUCGCUUAUUCAGUUUAAUGAGCUUGAACAAGUACUAUGGCACCCUCGUCCCCUGCCUCAAGGAGAUGGGCAAGCAAUUUGUUCGCUUCCUGGGUUUUGUACUCAUCAUUCACUUUGGCUUUGUCACCACCUUUUUCCUACUUGCAAGAGGUCACUUUCCCAUCGACAAACUCUUCAUUACCACUCUCAAGGUCUUCUUUGGUGCUGGUGUUGCCGGAUUCGAUGUUGCUCCUCAGAUUUCCCCAUACCUGGGUCUACCGGUCAUGGUCCUUUUUGUCUGUUUGACCAACCAGUUGUUGAUCACGAGUAUGAUGGCCCACAUCAGCAACAGUCUCCGCCAGGUACUUGACUCUAGCCGUGAAGAAUAUCUAUACGUGUACUCCGUUUAUGUUCUCGAGGCCUCCAACUCGGACAAGCUCACCUACUUUUUCAUGCCUCUGAACCUUGCACCAGUUCUCACCCAGCCUUUCCUAUUUUUCUUGCGCGACGAGACUGCCGAGCAAAUUCGCAUCGUGCUUCUCAAACUCACCCAUGCUCCAAUCAUGGUUGCCAUCUGCGUGCUUGAGCGUUGGGAGGAAUGGCAGCACGGCCGUCGCGCACACCAGUUUGAUAGCCUGCGCUUCUGGACCGUGAAUGGUGUUGAAGAGCGCCCAGUCCAGGCCCUCAACAAGCACACCAGUGGCGGAAGCCGAGUUCCCAAGUUUGGCCGCCAGCCUCCCAAGGGCGACGGCUGGCAAGUCCCAAAAGACCUGGUGCUAAAGUCGAGAAGGCCGGCAAGAGAUGCCAAGAUACUUGCCAAUGGAAUUUCUCAGCCUCCGCCAGCAUCAGCACCAUCUAGCGGCAAUGGCAAAGUAAUUGAAGCUCCUAAACCGCAGCCCCCAGUACUUCCUCAUGCGCAGCCGGAGCAGCAGACGCAGCUGUGGAACCAAGUCAACGCGAAUGAGAUGGAAAUGUUGCGCAUGCUCAAGGAGCUGACUACUCAAGUCCAAGAGUUGAAGGCAGAGCUGGCUGCUCAGAAACAAGACGUCGCCCCUAAGAAGGAGGGAUCAAAGAAGAGAAAAUGA